GCGGCUCGGCCGGGGCGCUCGGCGUGCGGCGGCUCCCGCGGUGGGUGCGCGCGCUGCCGCGGCGGUCCGAGCGCGCGCGCGGGGCCCGGCCUCCUGCGGCGGCUGUGCUGGGAGCGACCGAGCGCCUGGCCCGGUGACCCCCGCCGCGUCACUGCUUGCGAGACGAACAUCGCAGGCCGAGGGUCCCUUACCUGAAACGCUGGGCCAGAGGCGUUCCGGGGCUUGCAGGUUUCAGAUGGUGGAGUAUUUGCACCGAUUUGCCGGAAGAGCUUCGCUAAUUUGGAAAUCCAGCAUCCGACGGUGCUCAAGGGGAAAAAAAGCAAGAUUGCGGAGUUUUGGAUUUUGGGAACAAGAGCAUUCAGAUGGCAGAUAACAGUUUUUCAGAUGGUGUUCCUGCAGAUUCUGGGGAAGCUGCUAAGAAUGCAGGUAGCACAGGUCAAUUGGCAGCUGGUGAAACACAGUUGGAGGGCUCCCCUGCAGAAAAGCUUACAGAUCAGGUGAUGCAGAACCCACAGGUCCUGGCAGCUCUGCAGGAACGACUUGACAAUGUUUCUCACACUCCUUCCAGCUACAUCGAAACUUUACCCAGAGCAGUCAAGAGGAGAAUCAAUGCGCUGAAGCAACUCCAGGUGCGGUGUGCGCACAUAGAGGCCAAGUUCUACGAGGAGGUGCACGACCUGGAGAGGAAGUACGCAGCCCUGUACCAGCCGCUGUUUGACAAGAGGAGGGAGUUCAUCACUGGCGACGUGGAGCCCACAGACGCAGAGUCAGAGUGGCACAGUGAAAACGAAGAGGAGGACAAGCUCGCUGGAGACAUGAAAAAUAAAGUGGUCAUAGCUGAGAAAGCAGCGGCAGGAGAGCCAGAUCCCAGAGGCAUCCCGGAGUUCUGGUUCACCAUCUUCAGAAACGUGGACAUGCUCAGCGAGCUGGUGCAGGAAUAUGAUGAACCAAUCUUGAAACACCUGCAGGACAUUAAGGUGAAGUUUUCAGACCCUGGCCAGCCUAUGUCUUUUGUGUUAGAGUUCCACUUUGAGCCCAACGACUACUUCACCAACCCAGUCCUGACGAAAACGUACAAGAUGAAGUCGGAGCCCGACAAGGCCGACCCCUUUUCCUUCGAAGGUCCUGAAAUAGUGGACUGCGAUGGGUGCACCAUCGACUGGAAGAAAGGAAGAAACGUCACGGUCAAGACCAUCAAGAAGAAGCAGAAGCACAAGGGGCGGGGCACCGUCAGGACCAUCACUAAGCAAGUCCCCAAUGAGUCAUUUUUCAACUUCUUCAACCCUCUGAAAGCCUCGGGGGAUGGAGAAUCACUGGAUGAAGAUUCCGAGUUCACGUUAGCCUCCGACUUUGAGAUUGGACACUUCUUCCGUGAGCGGAUAGUGCCCCGGGCUGUGCUCUACUUCACUGGGGAGGCCAUCGAGGAUGACGACAAUUUUGAAGAAGGCGAGGAAGGAGAGGAAGAGGAAUUGGAAGGUGACGAGGAGGGAGAAGACGAGGACGAUGCCGAGGUUAACCCCAAGGUGUAAUUUUUCUCUGUUAAUCAUUCAUACGUUCCUAGAAAGAACCCAGCCAGCCGGCAGAGUGCAAGCAGCAGUGAGAGACUGCGCGGGUGGCGCCCAUGGACGCUGUCAGGACAGGCCUGGUCCUGCUGCAGCACGUGGACAGUGCUCACAACAUCUAACGCGCUUUCAAGUGCAUGACUCUUGACUUUUCCUUUUUCCUCCUUAUUUUGCUUAACUUGUAUGGUGGCAACAGGACGCACUUCCAGAACCCGAGGUUUGGCUCUGUCACCUGUGGCCCUGUGCUUUGCUAGGCCUGCCCUGUGGGCCGCAGACCAUGAGGGUGG